AUGCGUUCAGUCACACUGAAGGAUGUUGAACAAGACAAGGUUGUCAAGACCGUUGCUGCCCAUUUGAAAAAAAUGGGUAAGGUCAAGGUGCCAGAACACAUGGAUCUCGUCAAGACUGGUCGUUUCAAAGAAUUGGCACCGUACGACCCUGAUUGGUUCUAUGUACGCUGCGCUGCUGUACUUCGUCACAUCUACAUCAGAUCCCCAGUUGGAGUCAAGACUGUAACUAAGAUUUUCGGAGGUCGUAAACGCAAUGGCGUCACCCCUUCACAUUUCUGCAGAUCAUCAGGCAGCAUUGCUCGUAAAGCGCUUCAGGCACUUGAAGCUCUUAAGCUAGUUGAAAAGAUUCCCGACGGUGGCCGCAUCCUCACUACUCAGGGCAGACGUGACUUGGACAGAAUUGCUGCACAAGUUCGUCUAAAGGCCAGACAAGCUGCUAAACAGAGUGUAAUUGUUCUG